GGCUAGGCGCGGGCUGGGAGGCGCCUCACCGCCAGAUGCGGGGGAGUCGCGACGGCAGCGGCAGCGCGUGCGGUGGCGCGCGGGCAUGGGGGCGCGGGCUGCUUUCGCCUCCCCGCGCUGAGGGACGUGCCCGCCGGCGAGGCCCAGCGGAUCCGAGCGUAGCGCGGCGGCGAGCCUAGCCGCGGGAGCCGGCCUCUGCUCGUGGCAGCCUGCUGUCACCUUCCCUCCUGGCAAUGGGGAAUGGACUCUCGGACCAGACGCCGAUCUUCUCCAGCUUGCCUUCUUUCCAGAGUUUCCACAUCGUCAUCUUGGGACUGGACUCCGCCGGAAAGACGACCGUGCUCUACAGACUGCAGUUCAAUGAGUUUGUCAACACUGUCCCCACUAAAGGAUUUAAUACGGAGAAAAUCAAAGUGACGCUGGGCAACUCGAAGACGGUCACUUUCCACUUCUGGGAUGUAGGCGGCCAGGAGAAGCUGAGGCCGCUGUGGAAGUCGUACACAAGGUGCACCGAUGGCAUCGUGUUUGUGGUGGACUCCGUCGAUGUGGAGAGAAUGGAGGAGGCCAAAACAGAACUUCACAAAAUUACUAGGAUAUCUGAAAAUCAAGGAGUGCCUGUCCUUAUCAUUGCUAACAAGCAGGACUUGAGGAACUCUCUCUCCCUUUCUGAAAUUGAGAAAAUGUUAGCAAUGAGUGAGCUGAGUUCUUCGACUCCAUGGCAUUUGCAGCCUACCUGUGCAAUCAUUGGCGAUGGACUCAAAGAGGGACUGGAGAAACUACAUGAUAUGAUAAUUAAGCGAAGGAAAAUGUUGAGGCAGCAGAAAAAGAAGAGAUGAGUUCUGUUUUGACCUUUCUAUUUUAGAGUAGUUACAUGGUCAAAAUUUGACAUAAGACAGCUUCCAAAUCCAGGCCUGCUUGUUUGGAUGCCGUUAAGCUUAGUUACGUUAAACAAUCAGUUGCACAACCUUGCCGUGUGGAAGGCUGUGCACUUAAUGGAACUUUUUUUUUUUUAAACUAGUUUCUUCUGAGUUUUAUGGCUCUGCAUUAUUUCAGAAGCCCUAAUAGAUGAUGUAAUACUAUCAGGAAAUGGAUGGGUGGGUAUAUGUGACAUGGAUGUCUAAAUAGCCAAAUAAAACGAGGGUUUUUUGCUUAGUGUUGUAUUCAUAUGUUUGAGGGUGCCCUCUGCAAGAAAUCUGCAUUGAAGGUGUUCUGUGUUUUUAAACUUCUAAUGCUCGUAAGUGGAGUGUUUAGGUGAACAUUAUACAGCUUUAAAAACAUGUAUGAAGCUAGUAACCCAUUAUUUUGAGAGGCUGUUUUUUAUCUUGUUUGGGGAUUUCUAUGAAAGCUUGGCUACACGUGUAGGUUUUUUUUUUAAUUUGGCACUUUUUGAAAUUUAAUUAUGUUCAGUUCAAAUACUUGAAAUUUAAGUGCUGUGGAUUCUUCAACUGAUAAAAGAAAGACUUUUUGAUAAGUAAAAAAUGUAAACAACACGCUGGAGCAUGGAAAAGUGGUUUCCCAACAUAUAGCAUGUUUUUGGUAUGUAAGUUUUUUAUUUUUUAGAAGUAGCCAUUCAUCAUUAUACAGUGCUAAUCAGGUUUAAACUGUUACUCAAAAUUAGUAAUUUAUUUCUGAAUGCUGAGUAUUAUGUCCUCCUACUAUCAAGUUAAAAGUAAAUUAAUUGCAGUAAAGGAGCUCUAAAGAACAACUCUGGCUGUUAUGGUCCUAACCAGUGCAGCAAUCUUAGCUCUACUGGUGACUUUUCUGGCAAUAAAACAAAAUUAUAAUGAAGUAAAGAUGGAGUUAAAAUUAGCAGAGCACAUCUUGUAUCUCCCCAAAAUACCCCAUUUUAUUAAAGUGGUAUUGCUAUGUCACUUUCAACGUAUGCUUUUUUUAUCGUGACUCUUAAAGUAUUUUGUGGUUAGGAAUGUAAUAAUGCUUUAUACACUCAAAACAUUUGACACUGCCGGGGGGGAGGGGGGGGGAGUGGGGGAAGAAGAUUUUCAAGAUGGGCCUGUGUUCUGCUUUAAUUAUGCUUUAAGCUGUUCUUGUUUACAGAGUGUGAAACAGUGUUAACUGGGCAGGAUAGUGCUUGACGGGAAAGGGAGGGUGGUUUUUCUUACUGGUACAGAGCUUCAAGUGACUCUUUAGAUACUUGGCUGGCAAUUAAAAGGGCUAAAAAAGAGCCUGGAUUUUUAAGACUAACUUUAGUGGUGCUGUAAAAAUUGAUCAGAAUGUUAGAUUCUCUUUAAACUUUUGUGGAAAUACCGGAUUAAAAAAAAAAGUAUAAACAAAGGCAAAAUCUAUAAAUCUGUUUCCUCCUUUUACUCAACCAGCAAAGUAAUACAUUUUUUUUUUUUACUUGCUGCCAUGUAUUUAGGAGGAUGACAGCUACAAACCUGAAUGUCAAUCAAUGUAACUUAGAUAUGUUUUUAAAAAGAAAGUCAAACUUUUUAACUAGCAGCUGUUGUCUGGGAGGUAACCAAAAAUGCACUUUAGUGUCUUCAAUAACUGAAAGUGACAGCUGUGUUUUGUUUUUUUUUUUAAUGACAUCUUGGUCCUUUUUGAAUAAACUGAAGUAGCUUCCAGUGGAGCUUUUGUAUGUCGGUUAUAUAUGUACCUGCACUGGUGACAUUGUAAGUCACUUACUCAAGUAAUGUCUAUAUUUAUAGAAAUGUGGAUGACUUCUUAAACCUCAAUAAACAAUUCAAAACAAGCCUGCA